ACGCGUAUUUUGUUUGUCGAGCUACACUAGUAGUUUUAUGGCCAUGGCUUCCGCGGCUUGGCUGCAGCCAGCUCACUCUAUCUUCCCAGCUCUCUACCGCCGCCCCACUUUUCCCGCCGUCUUCCACCGCUUCAGCACCAAGUCCUCAGCCGGCCGGCCGAUAUCAACUUCGAAUCGGCUCACUCCGGUCCGCGCUCAGGCGAAGCGAGGCUUCUCAAUCAAAGAAGACGAAGUAGCUUCUGCUGCUGAUGUUGAAUUUGAGACGCCUCUGAAGAUUGUGGAGUAUCCGGAUCCUAUACUGAGAGCAAAGAACAAGAGAAUUGAAUUGUUUGAUGAUAAUUUGAAGAAGUUAGUUGAAGAAAUGUUUGAUAUAAUGUACAAAACUGACGGCAUUGGGCUCUCUGCGCCGCAAGUAGGAAUCAAUGUGCAGCUGAUGGUGUUCAAUCCGGUUGGGGAGCGCGGCGAGGGGGAAGAGAUUGUGCUUGUGAAUCCUAGAGUGAGUAGAUAUUCGCAGAAAACACGACUGUUUGAAGAAGGCUGCUUGUCCUUCCCGGGGAUCUAUGCUGAUGUUCAGAGACCAGAAAGUGUGAAAGUAGAUGCACGGGACAUCAGUGGUGCGAGGUUUACUGUAAACUUGUCCAGUCUUCCUGCACGGGUGUUCCAGCAUGAAUUUGACCAUUUGCAGGGUAUGCUAUUCUUUGAUAGAAUGACUGAAGGAGUACUUGAAAGCAUUUCUGAACAGCUACAGGCGCUAGAGAAGAAGUACGAAGAUAAAACAGGACUUCCAAGUCCUGAAAGGAUAGAAAGUCGUAAAAGGAUGAAGUUGAAGGCUGCUGCUGGUUUUGGGAAAUCGUAGUUGGGAUAGAUUUCUGACACACUCCUUGUAUGUUUAUACAGAACUCCCAGCAUUGUAAUAGCAUUUUUACUGCUAUAAUUGAUCAUAUUUAGGCACACUAAGAAUUCCUCAUAGGCAUAAGAUUACAUUAUUGUCAUAUAAAAUUGA